CUGGGUUGGUUGGAGACGGUAUUCGCCAUCACUUGCUUCAAUGGUGCGACUUUCUUCAUCUCCUUUUGGUUACCAGUCACCCUCAGGAGCUUCAGAAGAGGGAAGUGAGGGGGACAUGAAGUCGGUCAAGCCCCCAGUGAACCACAAUGAGCAUGGGGAGAGCAGACCCCUAAGCCCCCUGCCGUCGGCGCUCACAUCUCCUGCCUCUCCUUCCCAGGCAUAUGAGACCUAUAUUGAUAAUGGACUCAUAUGUCUUAAACACAAAAUUAGAAACAUCGAGAAAAAAAAGCUCAAACUGGAAGAUUACAAGGAUCGCCUGAAAAAUGGAGAGCAACUUAAUCCAGACCAGUUGGAAGCAGUAGAAAAAUAUGAAGAAGUGCUUCAUAACUUGGAAUUUGCCAAAGAGCUUCAGAAAACCUUUUCUGGACUGAGCCAGGAUCUACUUAAAGCGCAAAAGAAGGCCCAGCGAAGGGAGCACCUACUGAAACUUGAGGCUGAGAAGAAAAAACUUCGCACAAUACUGCAAGUUCAGUAUGUAUUACAGAACCUGGCACGGGAACAUGUACAAAAAGACUUCCAAGGGGGCUUGAAUGGUGCCAUGUACCUGCCUUUAAGAGAACUUGACUACCUCAUUCAGUUUUCAAAACUGACCUGCCCUGAGAGAAAUGAAAAUCUGAGUGUUGAAGACCAGAUGGAACAGUCAACCCUUUACUUUUGGGACCUUUUGGAAGGUAGUGAGAAAGCAGUGGUAGGAACGACAUACAAACACAUGAAAGAUCUACUGUCUAAGUUGCUGAGCUCAGGCUAUUUUGAAAGCAUUCCAGUUCCCAAAAAUGGUAAGGAAAAAGAAAUAUCAUUGGAGGAAGGACUGUUGAUAAAAUCAGACAAGAAAAAACCAUUACUGAAGACUGAGUCUAUGACGGAGUCAGAAUCUUUUAUGGAACAUGCACAGCCAGAGAUACAACCACAAGAGUUUCUUAACAGACGCUACGUGGCAGAAGUAGAUUAUUCAGGCAAACAAGAUGAACAAUCCUGGGAUGCAAAUUAUGCUAGAAAACCAAACCUUUCCAAAUGCUGGGAUGUGCUGAUCCAACCAGAUGGUCCCAAGAAGAAACAGGAAUCCUUCCAGUCAUGGGAAUCUUCCCCUGAAUCCCAAGAGGUACUGAAGCCUGCAGUUGCCUUAAAACAGAGGAAACAAGAGAUUACAAAACUCUUGUCCAUUCUGCAGGAACCGGAGAAGACAGAGGAUGUCUCCAAGCCCACACCACUUCCUGGUCAGUGGGAGCCAAGCACCCUGGCACCCGAAGAACAGAUUCAAGAGGAGCAGAAGCAGGACCCAAGGAAGUCUUGGCCUGUGCAGCUGCAGAAAGACCUGGACCCACAGAAACAAACAACAAAGCCUUGGGCCCCUCUGCAGGGUGAGCAGGAAGCUGCCACGUCUUGGACCCCACCCCUGUGCGAACAGCGUGACUCCACACAGCAGGAGAGCCUGGCACCUUGGGAAAGCAGGGUGGAGAGUCAGCAAUAUGCUUUACCACCAUCGCGGAUUUCUACAAAGUCCUGGGGGGUGGCUCCAGUAAGCCUCCUCCCCUGUGACCAGCUCCUGCCCAGGAAAUUGAGUGCAGAACCCAAAGAUGUGCCUAUGCCCAUGCCUCAGCUUGUGGGUUCUUCCUCUACCCUUCUGAAGGAUCCAGUAUCCAGGAAAGAAAAAUUGCAGGAUCUGAUGACCCAGAUUCAAGGAACUUGCAAUUUUAUGCAAGAAUCUGUUCUGGAUUUUGACAAACCUUCAAGUGCAAUUCAGUUGUCACAGCCGCCUUCAGUUACUCCAGGGAACCAAGUAGCAUCUACAGAACAAAAUCUAUCUAGUCAAACUGAUUUUCUUCAAGAACCAUUACAGGCUGCUGUUCCUCCAGUUACUGGUAACUCACAUGCUUUCAUAAUCACCACCCAUCAGGCACCUUCAGGAUCUGAAACAGCUUUUUCGACCACAGAGGCUACCGAGGCAGCAGUUCCCCCCAGCACACAGCCAUCUCCACUGGCUUCCCCAAACCCUCCCGUGACAGCGGGCUGUGAGCGGGGCUUCCAGUCACCUGCAGCAAGUGGUAGUUCAGUGACCACUGACACAGCAUCCUUCCAAGCCAUGCAAACAGUAUUUAAUGUGAAUGCACCACUGCCAACUUCACGAAAAGAACAGGAGAUGAAAGCAUCCCCAUAUCCCGCGGACAGCAAUCAGAGUUUCACCACAGCGAGCACACAGACACCACCCCAGGGCCAGCUGCCUGCCAUGCAUCUGGAGCCGCCUGCCCUUUCUCAGGAGUUGGCAGGUUACACUGAAGGAGCUAUUCAAGUAAGCGGCGGCCUCGCCUUCUACCCCACGCAACCUACUGUGUUUCCCAGGCCCUCACAGCCCUAUGUUAGUAGUCGAGGGCUUGCUAGAGGCUGUCCUCGUGGAGGACGGCUGCUGCUGACCAACUCCUACCGGUCCCCUGGUGGUUAUAAAGGCUUCGAUGCUUAUCGAGGACCUCCUUCAGUUUCCAAUGGAAAUUACAGCCAGCUACAGUCCCAAGCUAGAGAGUACCCUGGAACUCCUUAUUCCCAAAGGGAUCAUUUCCAGCAAUGCUACAAGCGAGGAGGGACAUCCAGUGGUCCUCGGGUAAAUUCAAGAGGGUGGAGUGACUCUUCCCAGAUGAGCAGCCCUGAACGAGACACUUCUGAAAUCUUCAACAGCGGUGACUCUGGACAUGGAGACUCCCGCAGCAUGACCCCUGUGGACAUGCCGACUACAGGCCCUGCAGCCAUUCUGCCAGUGCACGUGUACCCCCUGCCACAGCAGAUGCGUGUGGCCUUCUCUGCAGCCAGAACCUCCAACCUGGCCCCAGGAACGCUGGACCAGCCCAUCGUAUUUGACUUGCUCCUGAACAACUUGGGAGAGACCUUUGACUUACAGCUUGGCAGGUUUCAUUGCCCAGUGAACGGCACAUACGUGUUCAUUUUUCACAUGCUGAAGCUGGCUGUGAACGUGCCACUGUAUGUCAACCUCAUGAAGAAUGAAGAGGUCCUGGUGUCUGCCUAUGCCAAUGAUGGUGCCCCGGACCAUGAGACAGCCAGCAACCAUGCAGUCCUUCAGCUCUUCCAAGGAGACCAGAUUUGGCUGCGCCUGCACAGGGGUGCAAUCUAUGGAAGUAGCUGGAAGUACUCCACCUUUUCAGGCUACCUCCUUUAUCAAGAUUGAGAGCCAGAAUAGCGUCGAGAGUAAAAGGAUGGUGUUCUCGUUAGUGGGAUUAAAGAAGACACAGGCUUUACCCUGAGCCGGUCAGUUGAGGAAAAUGUUUUCAUUUUUAGAGAAAGGAGGAGGUCCUUGUUUUCUUUUGUUGUUGUUGUUGUUGUUGUUGCCUCCCCAAGGUGAAAAAUUGCAGGUUGAAUGAAAAUGAGCACUUACCUGGCACUUUAUUGUGACGUAGCCUCACUAGUCAAGCUGUGAAUGUACCUUGUUUGCACUUAGCCCUUAACUGUAUCAGCUUACUAAACUGACUGCCUCAAGUUCAGGCGAGUUACCAUGCCUUGUUGUGCCUCAAUAAAAAGUUU